CCGCGGAAAGCGCGAAGAAACGUGAAAAAAUCGAAACCUCUGUCCGUGCACGGUGUGUGGGAUGAUAAACGUUGUUGCUACGCGGUUGAGAUGUUGAAAUUCGGUUAAAAAAAAUGAAUUAUAGAUCGCGCGAGGUUAUAGUUACUAGGAUAUUAAGUGAUAACGGUAAAAGAAGGGACGGUGUUUGACAAGUGAGAAUUCGGGAUGCGAGCAGCGGUCUGAUAAACAUGGCCGCUCGAAAACAUAUGACAAAGGAUAAAGCGCUGCGCUGCUUUUCUAGGACGAACAAAAUACCGACAUUUGAUUGUUGAAAAAUUGUCAGAUUUCGAAUUCAGGAUAGUAAAGAGCCAUGAAUACGAAUGGAGAAUGGGGUCAAUCGCUUCGGUGCUACAGUGGCAUUGUUCAAAGUGUUCUCUCAUAAACCCGACCGAGAGCACGAGCUGCGCCAGGUGCGGGGAACCUCGUAGGGUAUACGAUAAUAAAACAAAUCCCGAAACAUCAUCCCCGAGCAGUACAAAUGUCUGUGAAAAAAAUAAUCCCGAUUCCGCGAACUCUACGCCUCCAACACCGCCACCACGACUCAAUUUUACGAAUCAGUUAAAAUGCUACAUACCAAAAACUAGCUGCGUUUACCAUCAAAAACCGUUCUCGUUCACCGUAAAAAAUAACAACGUCGUUCCGUCUGGGAAUGAUCCCGGAUCAAGAAGCUCGGAUAAAAUAUCUCGGCGCAACUCUUGGUCUGGGAGGACGAGAAUUGAAUCUGUAUCAUUAAAACACGGUGUAUCUCUACCUUUGUUACCUACUCGCUGGACUUGCAUCAGAUGUUUGCAACCAAACAGCCAAAGCUCAGUGGCCAAGUGUAUCGCCUGUGGAACUAUUUCCUUGCCCGCAUCGAAUCAGGAAGGUCAUAUUUGGACGCGGAAAGCGAGGAGACCCGAAGUUCGCAGACUUAAAAACCUUCACCUCAAUGAUGACGAGGAUCCAGCUAAAAGUUCGUCUUCGGGACUAGAAGAUGGUGUUUUAAAUGUGGAAUUCAACGCAACAUCAACUCCUUCCAAUCUCGAUAAAACCAAUAAAGACAUGGCCCAGCUGACCAGCCUCGGUCGUAGUGACAGAACAAGGUCCAACCGCGAAAGUUGGACGCUACCUCCCGUCGAAACCAUGGAUUCGCCCUCAAUGGCCUACACGGACAACAUAGAUAAUUCUCAGCGUUCACCAAAGCGUCACAGUCCCUCGGUGUACGAGCGUGUGAAAUCUAAAGUGAGCCGUUCAUUGUCGAAUGGUUCUGUUGUUCAAAAGUUAUCGGAGGCUGGGAUCCAAAGACCAACUAGUCUUAUAGUUUCGGAGGUGCAACAAGACAAUGCCCUGUGGAGUUGCGACAACUGUACACUAGAUAAUGCACCUGGCUUGGAACAAUGCGAGGCAUGCGAAGCACCUAGGAGCUCUGCACCCUGUAGCGGCGUAGUUAUAAGUGUACCGGCAUGGGAGCCGAGAGCGCUUUCUUCUGCAGGCCUUCCGACAUACCGGCGAUCAUUUUCGGAAGUUGACUCUGUCACUAAUAAUGUAAUACAGAGAAAAACUGCAAACCGUCGUAGUUUAAAUGACGAAGAACCUCCGGCUGUGCCACCACACUCUGUUGGGUUUAAUUCAAAACCAAAGUAUUCAUACAUAGGGAUAUCUGAUCCAGAAACUCCCCCACCACUGCCAAGAAAACAGAAUAGCAAAUUGGGCAUCACGGCUGCAAAAACACUCACUGAGUCAAUAAGUUCGGCUGGUGAGGCAGCAGAGGCUGGGCCUCUAAAGCGUAUGUGGACUUGCCGAAAAUGUUCCUAUGCCUACAACCCUCUUUGGUCAACUGGAUGUGAUAUCUGCUCUUCUUCAAGAUCACCUCCGUCUCUGGCUCAACCAAGUUUAAUUACAGUAACUAAAGACGGAGCAAGUUGUAGAUCACAGGCCUCGUCUCCCAUCAUUGUUUCACGAGACAGCGUAAGGUAUACUCCGCCAAAAUCGGCGACCUUAGCAACAGCGGAGGCUGAUCUAGACGAUCUAAUCGAACUUCCAUCGCCUGCCUGGACUUGUAAAAAAUGUACGUUACUAAAUGCUGCUACAAGAACAACGUGUGAAGCCUGUGCCGGGUCAAAACUGAGAAGCGUCAGUCAUCUCGAUGACCCAACGUUAAGAAAGGGGGAGAGCUGGGUGUGUCCAUCAUGCACUUUACGGAACCCAUUAACUGCACAAAGCUGUAAUGCCUGCAAAACCUUUGCUGAUUUCCUCGAAGUCCCAAGGGAUAACAGAGUCUCAGGACAAAGAAGUCCCAGUCCCAGGCUGACGUGUCCACCUUCGGCAAGCUCAAGAGCAGUUACACCUAGGCACAGGAAUUCAGUUCGUAGAAACGGAUCUGGAGUGGGAGAUAAGAGGCAAUCUAGGACCAAAGAAAUUACCCACGCACAGUGGCAAUGCAAAUUGUGCACUUUUGAGAACAAAAGUACGAACGGAAGUUGCGAAAUGUGCCAAAGUUCAAAGACUCUGUCUCAAAUUCCUGGGGACAGGCUUAGGCUCGGCGAACCUGGAACUAGUACUCUGAGAAUUCAAAGACAGGAAAGUGUUGUUAUGGAAAAUUUACGCCAAAUUGAAGAGAGAGAAGCCUUAGAAAAAUGGGAAAGAAUCGUUCGUUACUGUAAAGAGACAAACGAACCGUUUGUCGACGACUCUUUUCCCCCAGCUCCAAAAUCAUUGUACUACAAUCCUGCGGAAACGAAAGAUAACCAUGUGGUCCAGUGGAGAAGACCGCAUCAAAUAAAUGUUGACUCAAGUGUCGAUUCCAAGUUGCCCUGGGCAGUCUUUAGGACACCCUUACCUUCCGAUAUUUCUCAAGGUGUUUUAGGAAAUUGUUGGCUUCUAUCCGCGCUAGCAGUACUUGCCGAAAGUGACGAAUUGGUGAGAAGAGUGUUAGUUAUGAAAGAAACUUGUCCCGAAGGGGCGUACCAAGUCAGAUUGUGCAAGGAUGGAAAAUGGACCACCGUACUUGUUGACGAUCUACUUCCCUGUGAUAAAAGAGGACAUCUUGUUUACUCUCAGGCGAAGAGAAAACAAUUAUGGGUACCACUGAUCGAGAAAGCAGUAGCUAAAAUCCAUGGAUGUUAUGAAGCACUGGUUUCUGGUCGAGCUAUCGAAGGACUAGCUACCCUCACGGGUGCUCCUUGUGAAAGUGUACCACUACAGCCUUCCGCUUUACCAAGUGAAGAUGAAUUAGAUAAAGAUUUAAUUUGGGCACAGCUUUUGUCUUCAAGACAAGCUAUGUUCUUAAUGGGUGCUAGCUGCGGAGGAGGCAAUAUGAAAGUUGACGAAGAAGAAUAUCAACGGAAAGGACUUCGUCCAAGGCACGCAUACUCAGUGUUGGAUGUAAGGGACGUACAAGGAAUAAGAUUGCUACGAUUGCGCAAUCCUUGGGGCCACUACAGUUGGAAAGGAGAUUGGUCUGAUGAUAGUCCGAUCUGGACGGCGCAACUCCGAGAGAUGCUUAUGCCUCAUGGCGCAUCAGAUGGUGUAUUUUGGAUAUCAUUUGAUGACGUUUUGAAGUACUUUGAUUGCAUUGACAUCUGCAAAACGAGAGUUGGAUGGAGCGAAGUUCGUUUAAGGGGUACUCUACCACCUUUGUCGUCAUUGAGACAUUUAUCAUGCGUCUUGCUAACUGUACUAGAACCUACCGAGACGGAAUUUACGUUAUUUCAAGAGGGUCAAAGGAAUUCGGAAAAAUCUCAGCGUUCUCAAUUGGAUCUAUGCGUAGUGGUUUUUCGGACCCGGUCGCCAGCAGCACCAGAAGUUGGUCGGCUGGUAGAGCACAGCAAACGUCAAGUUCGUGGCUUUGUCGGUUGUCAUAAAAUGCUGGAAAGGGACCUGUACAUUGUGGUGUGCCUUGCUUUUAACCACUGGCACACAGGUAUGGAAGAUACAUCAAGUUAUCCGGAAUAUGUACUUGCAAUUCACAGUUCGAAGAGACUGUUGGUCGAACAAAUUUCACCACCCGCAUUCGUAUUGGCUGAUGCUAUCAUCAGCUUGACAUUAGCCAAAGGUCAACGGCAUGAGGGUAGAGAAGGCAUGACGGCCUAUUACUUGACGAAAGGUUGGGCAGGUUUAGUCGUAAUGGUUGAAAAUCGUCACGUGAACAAAUGGAUACACGUAAAAUGUGAUUGUCACGAAAGUUAUAAUGUUGUGUCUACCAGAGGGCAACUCAGAACAGCUGACAGCGUACCUCCGUUGCACAGGCAGGUCAUCAUUGUCUUAACACAACUAGAAGGCAGUGGCGGUUUUUCAAUAGCUCACCGACUUACGCAUAGAUUAGCCAAUAGUGGAAACUUACAUGACUGGGGUCCGCCAGAUACUCAACACUGUCCACCCAUAGACACUCAAGUCGAAGGUCUACAUAGUCCUCGUUUGAUAACGUGAACCUGUAAAACCACAAAAUGCAGUUUUAGCAUUUAACGUGAAAAUUGUGAUUGUGAAUCUUGAUGUGCGAACUAAUGUAUUUCUAGAGCCUAAGGAUCUUCCUGGGAAAAAAAUUAAACUUCCGAUUGAAACCAUUGCUUUAUAUCGGGAGUGUGCAGAUACACAAAUCGUUUAGACCAACUUGGAGUAUUUUCUUUCUCGCACAAACAAAAUUGUAAAUUUCAACAGAAUUUAAACAUUGUUGAGAUUCGUAUGCAGUAUAAACAAUUAAUUUCCCAUAUACACGGUAUUCUCUGCUGUUCGAGUCUCCAUUGAAAUAAAACUGGUUGAAAAUUAUUACUUGAAAAGUUCAAACUGAAGACGUUAUAUUACAUACUGUUAUUCAGUAUCGGUAUAAAUCUGCUUACACAUAACGUUCUGCACUUUCCCUUGGCAGGGUAUAUUUUUUAAAAACUAGGAUGUGCUUUGAGAAGUUCUAUAUUUGCAUCAAAAGCAAGCAUACUUGAAUAUGAGAGAGACAUACUCGCUUGAUAGAUGGUUUCAACUAUAACUCAGUGAUUAAUUUUGAAAUAGUGAGUUGUAGUUCAAAAUUCACCUCACACAACCCUAUUCAGUAUGUGGCCAAAAUAAGUAUAAAAGGCUAACAGACUGCUGCCAUGUGCAGUUUCAGCUUGAGUCGCACUCCGAAUGACUGUUAAGUAUAGGUAUAGUUAAAUGGGUAAUAUAACGCUAAUGCACUUAUACUUCUUUGUUCAAGAUAAAUUGUAUUCUAGUAUCGGACGUCAUCCGCUUACGUCAUGAUUGUGUAUACUGCUAAAAAAGUAUUCCAACUUGUAUCGAGUUAUUAUCGUUCCUGCAAAACGUUCUACUAUCUAUGCGUGUAUGUUCCCACUUCCGGAGCUCAGACCCAUCAGAUCAAAAAAAUUGUUAUCUGUUAAUGCAUAAGAUCAUGGCCAUGUGGUUCUCAACUCGCCAUAUAAAAUGACUUGAUACUGAUAGAAAUAUUUCGCAUAAGUUCAUAGACUUCUCUCUUACUGCAUGUAUAUAAUUAUUCAAAUAAUAUACAAUUCACAAACAUUUUCUUUCCAUAUGAAUGAUUUGGGAACAUGAGCGUUACGUCCCCCAUUUAAUUAGACAUGUAUAAAACAGUUGUUCGUGAGAUGGGAAUACAUCUAGGGCCUAAAAGCACCGUUGACAGCGCUCUAUGCCUUAUUGAACAUACUCAAUUGCUCUUCAUACCUUUCUGAGUUUGCGUGAACAUAUGUCACCUUUGGGUCUAACAGAAUCCAUUUUUCAAAAAAUUCUUUUAUUAUAUUUGACAUUUUGAAAUGGUCGUUUUGCAACUACUUUUUGACACUUCAGCUGCAUAAUCGUUUGAAGACAGUAGGUUUAUGACUUAGAUGUGUUACAAUAUUACUUGCUGUACAAUUCCAAUGAAACACAUAUUAUGCAAUUUCUAAUUAUCAGACAUUUAUCUUCACAGAGUGUUCAAUGAUUUCAUUCUGACUGGUUUCGAAUGCUGUAAAUUCGAACUGCAUAUACUUUGUUAUUUGAAUAUAUUCACGGAAAAAACCAAGGAAGUAGAGUAUAACUGCUAUAUUAUAUCUUCCUUUGUUUACACGUACCAUACUUUUUGUCACAAAAUUGAACUUUAAGAAAUAUAAAGGAAAGGUACACAGUUGAUCAUGCACACUGUCAAUGAAGAUAUGUAUAGCUCGUUUGGUGGUGUAUUGGGAAAACAAUCCAUUUUAGUUUCAUGCAAUCACACUGAUGUUAAUCAUAUUUUUAUGCGGAUAUCACAGGCUUCAGAUUUUUCGUAACAAUAUAAGUUAUUUAAUAUUCCCCUCUUAUAUUUUAAACCUAUCUCAAAAAAGCAAGGUAUACUAUUUGCACGCUUCGCUUCAAAAAUCAACAAAUGGAAAUCGUAGGUAGUACAAAAUGCAGCUUACAAACAGUUAGAAAUCAUUUUUGUGGAUAUGUAGAAAAUCAUAAUGUUCUUUGAGAUUAAGCCUGUUCGAAAUUAAUAACUGAAGCUGAACCCACAAAUAACUCUGAUUAGUUGAUAUGAUUUUGAGAUAUGUAAGCUGUAUAUUGUACUUGUUUUCAAUACUUGUUCAAUCUCUGUUGAUUGUUCUCAAAUUUUUCGGGAUGAACGUAUAUAGUAUAUGCGUACACAAAUACACACACACACACGCACACUACCUUAUAGUAACAAAAAAAAAAAGAAAGAAAGAAACAGGAACCGAAGGCUCUCAAUGUCCCAAUAUGCUCAGUGCAAGACAUGAUACAAUAACUAACAAUAUUAGUAUAUUACAAUUUAAAGAAGUAAAAGUUUUAAUAUAUUUUCCUCUUUGAAAGAGGUUGUUGUCCAGUUAUUGACGUUCCAUUUAUUAAAUUUUCAAAACGAAAACUUGAACAUUAUGUCUAAAUUAGAUACGUUUGGUAAAUAUGAGUGGGCCAUAGAUUGAAUAAAACUAGAAUUAAAAAGAAAAGAAACAAAAAAUAUUUAAGAAAUAACACCGAAUAAGGUAAAAUUUUUUUGCUUGCCAUAUGAAGAAUAAUUAUUUUCUCAAUGAUAAUGUUUAAAAUAAGACGUUACUCAGAGUAAAGACAUAACAUUAAAUGGUACUGUAUAUGACUCUGUAGGCAAGAGUAGUGGAGUGUGAUUAAUGAUUAUUGUGUAUAUCUUUUUCGGAAUUGCGUACAAUUAAGUACUUUUUUCCAUUGUUAAGAAUCUCCCGUAGUGUACGGUUUUUUUAAAUUAAUUUGUAAGUUUAAAUUUUUACUUGUGUGAAUAUUUAAAUUCUUAAAUCACAGACCGCAAUCAGAUUGUAGUUGUAACGCAGGAUUUUAAACAAUGUUUGCAACCAGGGUUGAAACAUGAAACCUGAAAAUUCAGCUAAAUAUCCAACUAUAGGACUGUCUAAGAUUUUUCCAAACAUGAAGUUGACACCUUAUUCUAGUCGAUCUGAAAAAAAAUGAUCCUGUGAAAUUAGAUUGAACUAGAACUUAAUAAGUCUUCUCAGCUAUGAACCAAAAACUAUCAGACUAAGAUUUUGAAUAAUUGGGUCAUCUGCAAAACUAUUCCAUUUGCGUACUAAUCUUAAUUAAACCCUAUAACUAAUAUUUUUUUAAAGCAAUUUCAGAAUUCUUAAUGCGAUUCAAUAAAACUUCUAUGGCAAAAGCUUUUGACCCAAUUCCGUUAAAAUCAUGCCGGAGAAGAGGCUUAAAAAUAGAUGAUAAUUUACAUUGGAUCAGAAAAUUUCUCGAUACUGAAGUGUCUGCGGUAAUCUUAAUUUAUAAUUUUCAUUGGAGUUCACGAUGAAUUCAACACCAAUGAAAAUCGAAUUAUAUUAAAAUAAAUACUAAAAAACAAAGACUAGGCUACCUUGUAACUGAAGUUAAUCUUUAUUUGAUUUCGAUUUUAUAAUAUUGCCAUGUUGUUAUAUGAUAACAAUUGACAUUGAGCUUUGACAUUGAAAAUACUAGGUGCUAAUAUCUCAACACACAUGUGAGGUUAAUCCAACGACAUCAAAUAGAACUUUUCCUUGGGUUUAAAACGUUGAAAAUAUCGCAACCAACAUGCGCAAUUUUAAUAUUCAAUACACUGGUGCAAUAUUAUAAUUAUAAUUUAUGUAUCAAUCGUAUUAAUUAUCAGACUCUCUAAAAAUCUCGCACACCAGGAAAAGUUCAGACUUUCUAAAACACCUCGUAACAACCCUGACUGUCAAGUGCAUUAUGUAAUUAGCUACUCAUCACUGAGACUUGAUUUGUUCUAUUUCAUAAGGGUAGCAUGUAUAUUAUUUGCUAAGAAAAAUCAUAAAUACUGAUCAGCUAUUCUCGGUUCUUUUCACUAUAAAAAAUUAUUGACUUUCAAUGAGAUAUAAGAAUUUUAACUUGGGCCAAAUGAUAAGAACUACUAAAUAAUUUUCAGACCACUUACUCGCCCUAAUUACAAAUUUUAAUCUGUGAUUUAAUUAUCAGGUAUAACGCUGGCACAAUACUCAAUUCAUGUGUUCUUCACAAGAUGAUAUUAUCAAUGUCAGUGAAAAUAACCAUUCCCAGUUCAAAAGCUUCCCCCAGUUUAUUCUUGCAGUAAGCAAUGUGUGAAUACAUCUUUCCAGUAGAUAAAUACUGCGCGUUACUCCUUUCAACUCAAAAUACAAUAACGUAAAGUCAUUACUAACAUGCUGCAAAUACGAAUUAGAAAAUAUUCUACACAGCCCAUUUCUUAAUAUGAAGCGACAGAUAAUUUAAAUGUCACACGUGAUUAUUACACAUUUGAAAAACUCUUUCUUUCCUUCAUCUACAUACCCAAAUAUUUUACAUGCACCAUGGUACAUCUACAGUAGUUCGUGUAGUUUUAAAUAGUUAGAUUUUGAAUUUACCUGUGCUUCACCCAAAAGAAUAUCAUGUAUCAAUAAAUGAAUUGUGCACAACUCAAUGGAAUAGUAACAAUGGCUUUGUUUUAACAUAGUUACGAGAAUUACACUACGUUAUACAUGGUAUACUUAACUGUUACUAGGUAUAAAAAAACUCGGUGAAAAAAAUGUGCUUUGAGGUAAUAUUGUUUUCACCUCUGGAUGCAAAUACACUACGUUUAUACUGAGUAGGCAAGCUUUGUUUCCAAAGCAAAAACAAUUCUCAGUACCCCGUACACUUUUAUAGUCCUAAGGUUUUGACCAAAAGGAAGUGAUGAUCUCUUUACUGACUGAAACUGCUUUAGAGCAGCUAAGUUUUCAAUCAUUAAACUGCUACAUUUUUUUUCUGGAGUAAAAAACAGGAUAGAAGUAACUAUUUGACACAAGUAGACGGAUCAUUUUCUUCUUUCUUUUUAUAUGUGUAUUAAAAAAUAAGUGCAAAAAAUAUACUGUGCAUAAUUGUAGCAGUUACCUGUCGAUAAUCGUUCAUAUCGUGUUUUCUCUAAUACAAAGAUCAAUGCAGAGAUUGUUUUUUUUAUAAUUAGCUGGCAGGGACAUGAACUCUUGAAAUAGGAUAUCUCAUGAAAUCUCAAACAAUCGUUCGGAACAUUGAUAGUCACGUGUUAAUCUAUAAUGAAAUAGCUUUCAAGUAUAUAAUUUUCAGUUCACUUUUGGAUAUGCAGUCUUCAAUAGGUUUGAAAAGGAAAGUAUCAAACCAUUUAAUUAGACAAAAAAUCGCAACUAAUGAAAUGACCAUGUCAAAAUUUUUAUACAAAUGAACAGCGUGCACAUAACAACCUACCUUUGCACAACCAACUGUAGAUUAUUAAGAUUAACGCAAUUCGAUCAAUUUUCGUUAUAUCGAUUUUCAAUUUAGAUUUCCUGCGUCUCGAAUUACUCUUCCUCUUAGAGAUAACACGAUUGUUUAGAAAUGGCUCCAAAUAAAUUACAGUAAUAGUAGGAAUAGUUUACAACCCGAUACUUGAUGUGAAAAUCGUAAAUUUUUACUCUGCGCAGUUAUUCCAAACAAUGUGAAAAAAGACACAGAAAAAAAAAAUAAAUAAUGAUAAGUAAUAUUAUUAUAUAACUAAGCAAUUUAAAGUAUUGUAGAUUUUUACCAGUAAAUCUGUAGCUUGCAGUAGUUUCUGAAUUGAGUGGCCUUCAUUUUUGAAAAAAAAAAAAACAAAAAAAUAACAUUUAACAGUAAAAAAAAGUGUAUCAAAUAAACUGAGAAGUUAACUCUUAAGUGAAAACCAUGCAGAGUUCACAUAUUGUUAGAGUCAAGACAUUUUUAAUGCUUUAAUGUGAGUUGUAUGAAAAAUUUAGGUGGUUCCGUUUUAUUUUGUUGUCUAAUGUUCUUUUUUUUUUUCUUAGUUAAUUAGCCAGCAGACUAUAAUUCACUUCAAAUAUUGCUAAACUGACCAUUGGUGCCAUAUUAAUCAAUAUUAACUAUACUCUAUUUCUGAUAAAUAUAUAGUUUCUAAUAAUUUUCCAUAGCAGUUGUAUUCUGUUGGGGUGCCAUAGUUAGUACACGUCAUAUUUUGUUCUUUCUCAAGUCUAACUUACAUGGAACGAAGUUGGCGAAACUUUCACAAUGUAAAACACGAAGUUAAAUGUUAAUUUACGAAAAUUUGAAUAAAUAGGUGGUUGGCAGGAAGCUAGAAUCAGAACCACGGAUGAGUGUAAAUAUCUAUCUCGUAUAUUUACUUUAUAACUGCUGUUAUUGCACCAUUUUUUAGCACUCCUGUAAUUUCUAUGUUUGAAAUGAGUGAAACGAGAUAGAUGAAAAAAUCGACCAAGGAAUGAAAUACACUUGCUAUAAUACCCAAAAAAUUAUAUAUGUACAAAAUUCAAUUUUGAUACAGUGAAUCUGCCAACUGCCAAGAUAUUAAGCAUGCAUCGAGUUAUUUGACCCUGAUUGCAUGAAUUUGAAUUAUAUUUUAGACGAAAUAAAUUUGUAAAUACGAAAGAAUCUCAUGUAUUUAAAAAGGAACAUUUUAUUUUCCAGCAAAGUGCUUACUACGUUAAGUUAAGUUUUCUUUGCACGAGCUUAAUUGUCGCUGUUUCAGCGUUAAACUAUACAGUGACAAAGUGAAUAAUUAUUUAAUAAAAUUAAUAUAUAUAUAUGUAUAUAUGUGUAUAUAUUAAUAUAUAUAUACACAUACAUACUAUAUUUAUUAAAUAAAUGCGUGAUGGUAGCCUGAACUCAAAAUUCUGAAUUGGAAUCAAAUCGAAGUUUUGAAACUGUUUCAAUUUUACCACAAGUUUCUAAAUACGCAGGGUAGAAUUGUUUUUGUUAGUUCAAAGAUAGUGUGAUCGACUUGAAGUAAUAUUGAAACAAAGCUGAAAACGGCAUCAGAAUUUUGUAGCCUCAGGUUCCAUUGCAAUAUACUUAGGUAUGUAUUCUUAAUAUGUGAAAAAGUGUCUCACUGUAUUUGUAUCAUAGAUCACAAUGUUAGGGUUGUCAUUUCAUGGUCACCGCGCAAAUUAUAAUAUCCAUAUAAAACUCUAUAAGAUGGUAUCUCACCAUACGAUUUUAGUAUAUAAUUUUUUAUUUCUUUUAGUUAACCAAAGAUGUUAUACAUUACUCUCUGUAAUUGAUCAUGAAUCAUUGUACUGUACUGAUAUAUUGUGUGCAAUCAUAAUUUGUGAAACAUUAUAAUUUUUACUUCGCUGGAUGAAAUCAAUAAAAAAUCCGCAUUAGAUACUCAAUUUCUAAGAUAUUCCUGUUCCAAUAUCGAGUUUGGAUUAUGCGUCAAGAUAAAUUAUUGAAGUAAUAAAACUACAAUAAUUCCAUCUCUCAUGUGAUAUGAAAUAAAACAAAUAAUUGCAAAACGGGAAAACGUACUUUCGGAUCAAAAGGUACCAGUGUGUCUGUCGAUGAUACCAAUUCUAACGAUAAUUAGAGUAUGCACUGGGACCUAUUUCUACUCAGAAGUUAUCUGCAUAGUCUGUAUACCAAUUUGUUGAGAGUAUUUACUAUCCCUUCAGCUUUGAGUAACAUGUAGAAUUAUUAAUUGUUGCAUAAACGCGUUGCAUAUUGUAUAUCAAGUAUUUACUGCCGUAUUAUUGAAUAAUAUCAAAAUUGUGUAUUGCAUUCAUUUGUAACAUGUAGACACGAUCAAUAACAAAUUCAAAUAAUAA